CCCGUGCUUGGUGCCGCCUUUGUUUCGUGCUGGGACUCUCCCGUCGCUAUGAGCGCCUCUCCCUCCAGAGUGAUCCCCCUGCUGCUGGGUGCCGCGAUGCUGUGGGGGCCGAGCUGCCUCUCCCUGCGAGUCCUCAGCGGUCAAAAAGUGUGUUAUGAAGAUAUCAAGCAUCCCUGUUACAAGAUAGCCUACUUCCAGGACUUGUCAAGACGUGUAGGCUUUCAGGAGGCCCGUCAUGCCUGUGAAAUCGAUGGUGGUAUGCUUUUAAGUCUGACAAGUGAAACUGAACAGAAGCUCAUAGAAAACAUGUUACAAAACCUCACUAAGUCGGGCUCUGGGAUUUCUGAUGGUGACUUCUGGAUUGGAUUGUGGAGAAGCGGAGAGGGACAAGCAACAUCAAGUGCUUGCCCUGAGCUCUACCAAUGGACUGAUGGAACCAUUUCAUCAUUCAGAAAUUGGUAUACAGAUGAGCCUUCCUGUGGAAGUGAAGCUUGUGUUGUGAUGUAUCAUCAACCAACUGCAAACCCUGGCCUGGGGGGGCCUUACCUUUACCAGUGGAAUGAUGACAGAUGCAACAUGAAGCACAAUUUUAUCUGCAAGUAUAGUCUAGAUGAUGUCCUAGAAAAAGAACUAGGCGACAGAACAGACACAGAUUAUGGUAUAAUUCCAAAUUUAAUUUAUGUUGUUAUACCAACCAUACCACUGCUGUUGUUGAUAUUAGUGGCUUUUGGUACUUGCUGUUUCCAGAUGCUACACAAAAGUAAAGGAAGAACAAAAACCAGCCCAAACCAGUCCACAUUAUGGAUUUCAAAGAACCCCAGGAAGGACAGUACCAUGGAGGUAUAACAAUUUAAUGACUGAAAACAAAGCAAAAAUAAUAUUUUACAGUCAGGCGCUAUUAUAAUGUCAUCUCAGCACAUUAGCUUGGAAUGGCUUGAGAUUGCAAUGGUUCAGCAAGAUGAACUUAAGCUCCCCCUUGAGGCAACUAUUCAGAUCAGUUUUGUAUGUAACAUUUGAUUAUUAAUUAAAUGAAACAUGUCAUGCUAAAUAAAGAAAGAGGAUGUGUCUAUUUUGCUAAGGGCAGUAACUCAUUUACAACUGAGCAGUGGAAUGGACAAUGCAUUUGAAGUUUAUAGGGGGAAAUAUCUACAAUAUGUGUUAGUUUUAAAAUUGUUUGUAGUAAUCAUAAUAUUUUUAU